UUUGUCUCACUACCAAAAUCAAAAUACUCCAUCUCACUUUCUCACCGAGUUAACUCAGAGUCUCUGAUUCUCUCUCUUCGAGUUUCAAAAAAAUGGUUCAUAGAAUCAUGGAUUCCGUCGAAGAAUUCUCUUCACCGGAAAAAUCAUGCCGGAAAAAGGUCAAAGUCAAGGCAGAAUUCGAUGAUUCUGGUGAAAAUUCACAUGGGUUUUUCUCCAAACGACCCAAAUUUGAUUCAUUCAAUAAGGAAGGGUGUGUUUGGUUGGAUUUUCAGGAAAAGAAUGAUGGGGUAUUGGAGUAUAAUCCAUUAGAAGAGCCAAGUCCAUUGGGAUUAAAGCUAAAAAAGAGUCCAUCAUUUUUGGAUUUGAUCCAUAUGAAAUUGUCUCAGGAAAAGAGUGCUUCCUUAGCAAAAACACUUGCUAGAAAAGAAAAGGGUGCUUCUUCUGCUGCUGAUAAUAAGCUUAAGGCUUCCAAUUUUCCUGCUACUUUGCUUAAAAUUGGCUCUUGGGAGUACAAGUCAAGGUACGAAGGCGAUUUAGUGGCAAAGUGUUAUUUUGCUAAGCACAAGCUUGUAUGGGAAGUUCUGGAUGGUGGACUUAAGAAUAAGAUUGAAAUUCAGUGGUCUGACAUCAUGGCUAUCAAGGCAAACUACCCUGAUAAUGAACCUGGAACACUAGAUGUUGUGCUUUCGCGACAACCUCUGUUCUUCAGAGAAAUUAAUCCACAACCAAGGAAGCACACUUUGUGGCAGGCGACAACAGAUUUUACUACCGGGCAGGCUUCACUCCAUAGGCAACAUUUUCUACAGUUUCCCCAGGGCACUUUAGGAAAGCAUUUUCAAAAACUUAUACAAUGUGAUCCUCGUCUCAGCUUCCUAAGUCAACAGCCACAGAUAGAAUUAGAUACUCCAUAUUUUCAACCAAGGGCUUCCAUUUUUGGUGAUCACAGUAACCCUGCACAUAGUUUUGAAUUGAAGACUGAAAGGACAUUUAGUUAUUCGGGCAUCAGGGAUGGAGUUUCAGUUUCUGGGCUAUCCUCUUCAGAUAUUGAGAACAAGAACUAUAUUGGCUCACCUAUACAGAACUCAAACAGAAAUUCUCAGUUUGUUCCAGAUAUGCGCGUGAUGGAAGGAGAUGUCAGCAGCAAGUAUAACGAUGCUGAUAGACUCCAACUUCUGAACCAGAUCAAACUUCCUGGUCUUAAUCCAUCCAUGUCAGUAGGUGAUCUUGUAAACCAUAUUGGUGACUGUAUCUCAGAGCAGAUUAGAUCUGACAAUCCUAGUCUUUCCAUCAAUGAACCUCAAAAGUGGGAAAUUCUUGACGAGAUCACUCAGUAUCUGCUAAAUGACUCCCAAACUUUAACAAAUUCCGAUGAAAAGCGUAUCAUGUCAAAAGUUAACUCCCUUUGCUGCCUUCUGCAAAUGGAUGAUGCAGGAGUUCAAAAUGCACAGAUCAGCUUAGAGAGUGUGCGAGAUCUGGCUGUGGGAAACACCCAAGCUGCCAAACAACUGUGUGAAAAUCAAACUGCAAAGACUGUUCUUGCAGAAGCAAGCAAGACUGGUUUAGGCAAUUUUCAACAGGAAACUAGCUCUUCAAGGAAGGAUUUGGUUGCCGAACAACUGUGUGAAAAUCGAACUACAAAGACUAUUCUUGCAGUGGGAAGUGAGGCUGGACUAGGAAAUGAUUUCCAACAGGAACCAAGCAUGUCAAGGAAGGAUUCAGUUGGCGAGCUUCUUCUCCAUCUUCCAAGGAUAGCAUCUCUACCUCAGUUCCUGUUCCCAGAAGAUUCAGGAAUCCGAGGCAGAUAGCAUACUUGCAGCUGUUCCUUGAGAUGAUAAAAAAACUAGAACAGUGUAAAUCUCCUGUAUAUAUUAGCUAUCAGUAUCUGAAUUCUGCAGGUUUGAUGCAAAUUCUGUUUAUGAAUAAUCCAACUAAUGUUUGUCACCCUUGAGAGAGAAUUUAGUUAUCCUCUGUCUCUUUAAUAUCCUAUUUUGCUAAUGCAAAUCUUUUACUAUUUGUAUUA